GUAGGAUGACAUUCCACAAAAGCAUUCACAGACACAUCAACACAAAUGCACUUUUACAUCUACCCACCUGUCACAGCUGGCUGAAGGACUGGACCAAGGUGCAGCAUGGAAAUUAUGUUUUGAAAGAUACUGAAGGCCUUAUAAAUACCCUGUGGACAAAAGGUUCACUUCAGUCUACAUUAUGAACAGACAACAAAUGGAUAUCACUUUGCAAACUUUUUGUUGCAGUGACUAGUAGCAGCUAAUAAUGGAGACUGGAGAAAAUAAGGAAAUGGAGACAGAGACUGAGGACGCACUGGAUCCGUCGUCUGAGUGUACAUAUCAAGGAGAAGAACAUCAACUAUUUCUACAGUUGGAGCCUGAGGACCUUGACUUCACAGACAGUGAGAGUCAACACAGCGACCAACAGGAUGACAAGACAACCAAGACUGAUGAAAAAAAGACAGAAAUCACAACGCCUUCUAAUUUCGCACAAAGCAUGACUCCUGUUCUGACAAUUGCAUUGAUUGGUGGCACUGAUUCUAUGGAGAUUGAAUCUGGAAAUCUCCUUCUUGGUCAAGAUGAUCUACCAGCAGCAGAACUCUCACAGAUAGCACCCAGGAUGUAUGAUUUGUCCGGUCGUUGUGUUUCUGUCAUCAACAUGCUGGGCUUGCAGAGUUCUGAACUUGCCCAGGAGAAUCACAUAGGUCCACUUGUGCAUAAGCAGGGUAUCAAUGCUGUCCUCUUACUUCUACCAUUGGGCCAGCAUAUUGAUGAAUUCCAAAUGAGAGUGGGGUGGCUGGAAAGAAUGCUUGGAGAGAGAGCUCUUGCCUUUACAAUAAUCGUCUUUACCCACAAGAAUGACCAAGACUUUGGGUUGGGUGAUCUAAAGGACAACAAUGAUCUGAUGGAUCUCAUAGAAAUGUGUGGACAUAGGUAUCUCACCUGCAAAAAGAGUAUGAAUGAUCCAACCGAGAUUUCAACAUUACUUGAACAGAUAGACCUCAUGGUGUCUGAAAAUGAUCCAUGCUGCUACACAGGAGAAAUGUAUGACGAAGAGAUCAGGAAACAGCAACUGAAAACAAAUUGGGGUGACCGAUCACAAAGCGAGGAGAAAACUGCAUCAGUUCCAGAUGACUUGCCUGAAGAUGGUGUUGCAAACAAAGAAAAGGGAGAAGAAAAGAUACUUGAAGAAAUCGGCGGGAGUUUAAUUGAAAAAAACAUCCCAGAAAAUAUACAACUAGCAAAAGUAGCAGAGCUCAUGUGUAGACUUCACCUUCAAGAUAAAUAUCAAGAUAAGUUGACAACUGCAGACUUCCUGAACAUUGGCUCUUCUGCUCAACAUCAACAUGAACCCCAAACAGAGAACAAACUUGCUCAUACUUUCCUACAAAGGUUAUUGAUGCUGGACUACAGAGCCAGGUACAUUCCUGUAAGAGAUGAGAAUAGUGAGAUGCAUGACACAAAUGACAACAGAAAUGAUAAUGCAGAAACAGAAGAAAGUGCCUUUGAUGCCCUUUUCAACAAGAACACAGUCUCUGGUGAUUUAAAGAGGAACACGCAUGUUCACCCAAUGGACGUCCAGAUGGCAGUGUUUCACUGUUCAGACAGUUUCCUUCGGCAGUUCAUGGUCACAAAGCUGUCCUUGUGUCAGUAUGCCUUGCCUUUGCUUGUGCCAAAUCCAUUCACCAAAGAGAUUGAAUGCCCUUUGUGGACAUUUCGACAAAUCAGAAAAACCUGGAAGUCCACCAAUGACUCUAAUAUAGUCACCAGCCAAAGUAUGCCUAUUUACAAGGCAGAAACACCAAUGGUGUCAUUCUUUAGGCUUGGUUCUGUGUCCUCAUCAAAAUCUCAGCUGAUGAGCAACUUGAUCAACCAACGUCACAGCACAUUCUUCCACAGACACUGUCCAGGAAGCAGUAAAACCUGCCUCCUAAUGGAUGGGGUGGUAGAGAUUGCAUGGUAUUGUCCUGCUGGGAAGCCCAAUGAUAUUUUCACUGAUUGUGUUGCAUUCUGUAAUCUCCAUGGUGACGCAAUUGCGAAAGAAAUUCAGCGUGACAGACUGAUUGAAAAAGCCUCAGUCAAUGUUAUCCUUUUACCAAGUCUUGGAAAAGGCGACAAAAGUAUGGCAAUCGUGCAGGAGCUGUUCAAGUCUUCUAAACCUCUGAUAUGUCUGCUCACUGAAGAGGAUUCUGUUGCAACUGAAAUUAAAAAGGGAAAGUACAAAAUGGGUUUGAGAGACAGAAAUCAGUCAGAUGUGUCUGAGGAAUUAAAAAGGAUCAUUAGAAAUAAUUUGUCAAGACCAUGUUGCUCCUUCAAACUUGAGGACAUGGCAGAGUACUCAGGGUUUAGAGUAGAUGAGGAUGAUGAAGAUUGCCAAGUAGGGAAGACUAAUGCUCUGCAGAUAACAGAUCUGCUUAAGGAAAUGGAACUGUCCAAGAUCAAAGAAGAAUUUCUUCCAUGUCAAGGUAGGCUGUGGCAUGAUUGGUGUCAAAAAAAUAAAGACCUUUAUCGUCUCCAAGGGAAUCUAGAGAUGGAAAGAAGUAAAAUACAACAUAAAAUGAUGCAAAUUCGACACCAUCAACAUCAAGUUGCCUUUACUGAACUCAUGCAGAUGUUUAUCACAAGUCUACGAUGUCUGGGAGAAAAAGAAAAAUCAUAUUUCCUCAAGUGGGUAGGGAUACUACUGGAUGACCUGUCCUCGGAUGAGCUCUCAGACCUUCAUCACAAAUAUGAUGAAAAGUGGUCCGAGGUCCUGGCUUUGAAAAAGAAGCAUGAUAAAUCAGAGCAACUGAAAAUGAGACAAAUGGAGCUGGAAAAAAUAUCAGAGAAGCUGCAAGCAGCAACCUUCGGAUUUGAACACAUUCUGAGGGAAAUGGGACAGAUCUAUGAAGCCCAUGCAUCUGUGGCCAGGCAAAGCAAAGGAGAAAGUGAGGUGACCGUGUCUUACCUUCCAGAGCUCGCGGCAGAACUUAUGAUAUCGGGACACCCAAUGGAACUAAUGGAUGGUGACGCAGCUCAUGUGCCACUGACGUGGAUUAAUGGGGUUUUAGAUGAAGUUAUCAAGAAACUAGGAGAUCAGAGAGUUUUUGUUUUGUCCAUUUUGGGAAUCCAGAGCACUGGGAAAUCUACAAUGCUGAAUGCAAUGUUUGGACUGCAAUUCGCAGUAAGUGCUGGAAGGUGUACCAGAGGUGCUUUCAUGCAACUGGUGAAAGUGACCGAGGAGAUGAAAGAUGACUUUAGGUUUGACUAUGUUCUUGUUGUUGACACUGAGGGACUUCGAGCUUUAGAAUUGGCAGGAAAGGCAACAGUGCACCAUGACAAUGAACUUGCAACUUUUGUCAUUGGCCUUGGAAACAUGACCUUGAUCAACAUAUUUGGAGAGAAUCCUGCUGAGAUGCAGGACAUCAUUCAGAUAGCUGUUCAGGCCUUCAUGAGGAUGAAGAAAGUUAAUCUGUCUCCAAGUUGUGUGUUUGUGCACCAGAAUGUUGGAGACAUCACGGCCGGAGAGAAAAACAUGGAGGGAAAGAGGCGCUUACAGGACAAACUAGACGAGAUGACCCAGUUAGCUGCCAAAGAAGAGGACAGUAAUGCAGAGUGUUUCAGCGAUGUCAUUGCAUUUGACAUACAAAGAGAUGUGAAAUACUUUUCCCAGCUGUGGGAGGGCAGCCCACCCAUGGCCCCACCAAACCCAUGCUACAGUGAGAAUGUCCAGGAGCUAAGGAAAACAAUCCUCUCUAAAACAUCGAGGUCUUUUAGCAUGACAUUAUCACAGUUCAAAAGCAGUAUCCAAGACCUUUGGAAUGCACUGCUGAAUGAAAACUUUGUGUUCAGCUUCAAAAACACACUAGAAAUUGCAGUUUACAGAAAACUUGAGAUUCAGUAUGGAAAAUGGAUCUGGGCUCUCAGGAGUGCCAUGCUAACCAUUGAAAAUCAACUGCACAAUCGAAUCGAAAAUGGAAAACUUCACAGGGUUGAGAGACAUUACCUUGUUGAAGAAAUGAGAAAGACCCGUGAAGAAGUGGACAAAUCAAUGGAAAAGUACUUUGAUGAAGACAGAGAUAAAGAAAUGUUGAUUCAGUGGCGAGGAGAUUUCAAACCAAAAUGUGUGAGUUUGAUGAUGAACUUGUGAAGGAGCAAAAAGAAAGUUAGAGGUGGUUAUUCAGCAAAGGGAUGCGCGCAAAAAGCUGGAUGACAAGAAAACACAGUAUG